GACUAGGUGUCUUGACAUGGCCCGCGAAUUUCCUCACGUAGAAGUGUUAGGCAUUGACCUCCAGCCUGGUCCCACGGAGGGAAUCCCAUCUAAUUGUGCCUUUGCCAUUCAUGACAUUGACAAGGGCCUCUCUCCAUUCCAUGGAUUAUUCGAUCUGCUUAAAGAUCAUCAAGCUACCCUGAAAAAUUCCAUAGCGUGCUUGAAGCCCGAUGGAAUCGUGAUCUUUAUGGAUCCUGUGCAUAUGCUUAAAGAAGAUGGGAGCGUACACCUAGUCCUAUUUAGAUAUAGGUCAUCAAUGCGAAUAACUGCACGAUCACCAUGCCCCAGAACCGGAACCUGGAGAGAGAAUAAGAUGACGGUCCAAAUAAACAAUUCGACUAGCAGGUUACCUAGAUCCAGGAUCCUCUUCGUAUCUCCAAGAGAUGGUGCUAAUACCUUGGAAACCUUGGCUUGA